UUUUGGUCAAUUAUCAGUUUAUUCUCGUUUUCGCCUGAGACCGUGUAACGUACGUUUGUACCCUGGAGGAGGGACUCUCACAUUAUAAGGUCGGGGAUGUUCGUUGUCUCGCUUGCGGGUGAAUAUCAAGGAUUCUGGUCUCACUUAGGGUAUUCAUGACAAAACGCCACUAGUGUUAGCUGUCAAAGUAUCUUUUAGGGUACACUCGAAAAAAUAAUAACAAAAGAAACGCUAGGCUCUUAUAUUCGUUUUUAGGUUCGAUUUCUGCCGUCUCUCGAGUCCGGUCUUCAAGCUCGAGCUCCAUUCCUGAACUGCGGCUGGUAAUCAAGCCUAUUUCAUUUUAAGUGGUAUCUUUUAGGGAUCAAAUGAAGCUGUAGCCACACCCAGAUUGGUCUCUUUUACGGGCUUAAUUCAAAUUUUCCGACGAGCAUACCCGAUUUUUUGAUAUGGGAAUCCGGGCGUUUGUACUGGCGGCGAUAUCUAUUUAAAAUAUUUAAGACAAAAGAAACAAUAAAAAAAGGAGCUAUGUCUACUCGAACCCAAAUUAAUCCUUUAGUUUAAUUAAGUAAUUCUUUGCCACCAGCCAUGUAAUCGGGCCGCUGUACCGGCCUCUUAUUUUAUGACAAUAGAUAAUUGAGGUACUAGCCUAACAGAGUAUAUGAAUAUCAAAUUUUGGAAAGUUGUUAUCCCAAGUAAUCAGCCUGUUAUCGUAGAAGUUAGGAUUCAGUUUUCAUUCGAUCAUCUCAUUCUCGUGCUGGUUCAACCAAAGAAAAUGUCGGCAACCAAGUGUUGAUAAAAUGUUACUCAAACGUCACAGUCUAAAUGCGUCUUAUUUUAGAUUCGUUUCGAAAAGAAUUCGUUGUUGUUGCUGCUGUCUUUGUUGUUUUUGUUGUUGUUGUCGGUUCUGCUACUGCUGCUGUUGCUUCGUCUGUGAUUGUUGUAAAUAAACACAGACGCCGAUGAUCUCUCCUUCUUUUUCUUCUAGAUUCUUCCACCAUUGAUUGAGUUGAUCCGCGUUAUUCCUUUGCUGGUCUUUGUGGGUAUAUUCAUAAAGACCCGAGAGAGUGAAUACUUGGCAAUUGGAGUACUAAUUUUUUUCGGUAUUUCACUGUUACUCGUGUUCAUGGCACUGGUGCCAACUGGAGGCAAGGAUGUUGGAAGACUGGAACGGCUUGCAAGAUGGUUCACGAUCAACAUGAGUUUUAUUCAAUUCCUACGUAAAAUGAUGCAAAUGACAAACCUGGGUCCCAAUCCCCCGCCAGUUCUAUCCCUGAGCGACGGCGGCCAUAUUGAAAACCUUGGUAUUCUACCCCUGCUAAAGCUGAGACUGAAGAAAAUCAUCGCAGUAGAUGGUGGUCGCAUGCUAUCGGACCUAGACUACGGGCGAGAGCUUCUGCUAGCUUUGGACCUUGCCAGGAAGAAGUUAGGAUGCUCGUUCUUAGGAAUGGAUGGACGAGAUAUUGCUGAGGAUAUUCGAGACAAGUUUGUGGAGAGAAGUCCCGGAUCGCAACCAAGCAGUUAUAGAUUCAAAGUGUAUUAUUAUGACAAGAAUCCUUACACCGACGGAAAGACUAAAGUUGGCGAAGGAGAAAUCCUGUACAUAGCUCCUAGGCAUCCUAACAAAGCAGUCAAAACCUCAAAGUACAUGACAUGGGAGGAAGCGUUGCGUGACAUUGAUGUGGACCUUGAGGCAGGCCUUUGGGGAACUGGACCGGAAUUAUCAGCCGAAGAAGUUGAUCGUCUGACGUUCUGUUGCUGUGAGUGUUGCCAUGGAAACACAUGCCGUGGCCUGUCUGAGGCCAUUUGUGGGUCUUUUCCACACCAUUCAACCAAUAAUCAGUUUUUGACACCAACAAUGUUCUCGGCGUAUCACAGGGAGGGAUACCGCGCGAGCAUGGAAGCAAAAGUAGCCGACUUCGUGUCCGAUGAAUCUGCAAUUCCCGGGACUCCAGUGAUCCUCGUAGUUUGAAUAGCAAUAAUAACGAUAACGAUAACGAUAACGGUAACGAUAAUAAUAAUAAUAAUAAUAAUGAGUGGAGAGAGGUGUUUUGGUUUGAUUGAUUAAUUCGAUUUGUUUGUUUUGGCACCUUAACCGAAGUGAUCAUAGCUUUCGGAAUGAACGAACACUGAUUAAAUGUUGAAUGUUUUUCUAAUUUUUACCGGUAUUCAUGGUUUGAAAUUAAACCUCGUAUAUAUUUAUAUGUAUUGGCGUUCUUCGUCCUUUAUUUGCUUGAAUUAAAUCAUCGAGUACUGCCUCAAACGUGUGGGCGCGCUCUCAAAGCCUAUUUGAAGACUUUUCUAACAAACACUCCCCUCUCUCCUUGCAAUUUUGUAGUUAAAUGGGACAACAAUGUCACGUGAUUAAAAAACGCACAUGGAUGAACGUCGAGCAAACGAACCGGGUCUUGUAUCGUGUCAGUACUUUCUAGAUUACUGUUUUGUUGUUCUAAGCUAGUGUUGGCGCAGUUGUACCCAAGCUUGAUCAAAAUGUGUAGUUUGGGCACGUAUGAUUUCAAGCAAAAUAUGAACGGCAUGCUGUCCCGAGGAAGCGCCUCUUCGUGACUACCAAUAGGGGUUCUCAGACAGAUUCCUACUUAACCGAGGUCUAUGCACAUGCUGCGGACCUUUUCUAUGUGUGCGGUUUUCCAAACCAAGAAAAUGCGAAAUUUUGUGUCGUAUGGAAAAGUUUCAGUAAAACCGCUGCAAGUACCCAGUCUUCCCUUAAUGGGGUCUUAUAUCCUAAAAAUGACUUUUGAACUUUAUUUUGAUGGAAUUAAGUUCAUCCUGUCCAUAAGAACAGUGUUUCGAGGGAAAUGGGAAAAAGUUGAAAUGGGAAAAAGUUGACCAAUAGUAACCAGAAACUGCAAGCAUAUCUUUGCUAUACAGUGCUGACGAGCCCCAA